GGGUUGAUGUGGACUCCUCUAGAACAUCCUACUCUAGUACUGGUACUUGUAGACGUGGUACAAAAAAAAUACUGGAAUCUUCAAAAACCCUGCACAAUUCUUCUUUCUCUCUCCUCCCCCAUCAUCUUAAACUCUUAUUUCUCCUCAACGGAGGAUUUUAGUCUUUACACACCCUAAAAAUACACGCAAUUUCUUAGAAAUGGCAGCUUCUGUAAUACUACGAUCAGCUCUUCGGAAACGUGAUUGUCUCUCCUCUCUUUCUGCGAACCACCGUUCGUUGGCUGAUAAUCUGAACCCGUCAUGGUUUUCCCCAACGUUGAUCAGUAGGUGUAUGAGUUUCUCGAGGCCAUUCAGCUCAAAAUCUGCUGGUGAUGAAAUUAUUGGUAUUGAUUUGGGUACUACUAAUUCAUGUGUAGCAGUCAUGGAGGGAAAGAAUGCUAAGGUGAUAGAAAAUUCUGAAGGAGGUCGAACAACACCUUCCAUUGUUGCCUUCACUCCAAAGGGGGAUUUACUGGUGGGAACCCCCGCAAAAAGACAAGCAGUGACAAAUCCACAGAAUACCUUUUUUGGAAUUAAGCGUAUGAUUGGAAGGCGUUUUGAUGACCCUCAAACGCAGAAAGAGAGUAAAAUGGUUCCUUUUAAGAUAGUUAAAGCUCCGAAUGGAGAUGCAUGGGUUGAAACUACCACUGGACAGCAGUAUUCUCCUAGCCAAGUCGGAGCAUUUGUUCUGACUAAGAUGAAAGAAACUGCAGAGGCUUAUCUGGGGAAGAACAUUUCCAAAGCUGUAAUUACAGUUCCUGCUUACUUCAAUGAUGCACAGAGGCAAGCAACAAAAGAUGCUGGAAGGAUUGCAGGUCUUGAUGUGCAGAGAAUCAUAAACGAACCAACUGCCGCCGCACUUGCAUACGGUUUGAAUAACAAGGAAGGUCUCAUUGCGGUUUUUGACCUUGGAGGGGGAACUUUCGAUAUUUCUAUUUUAGAGAUAUCCAAUGGUGUGUUUGAGGUAAAAGCAACCAACGGUGAUACCUUCUUGGGAGGCGAAGAUUUCGACAAUGCAUUGGUUGAAUUUUUGGUUAGUGAGUUCAAGAAAUCUGAUGGCAUCGAUCUUUCACAAGAUCGGUUAGCUUUACAAAGGCUUCGUGAAGCUGCUGAGAAGGCAAAGAUAGAAUUAUCAUCUACCACUCAAACGGACAUCAGCCUGCCCUUCAUUACUGCUGAUGCAUCUGGAGCGAAACAUUUCAAUAUGACAUUAACUAGGUCAAGGUUUGAAAGUUUAGUGGAAAAUUUGAUUAUUAGGACUAGAGACCCAUGCAAGAGUUGUUUAAAUGAUGCUGGGAUAUCAGCCAACGAUCUGGAUGAGGUUCUUUUGGUUGGAGGAAUGACUCGUGUACCAAAAGUACAACAACUUGUUCGUGGAAUUUUCGGAAAGACCCCUAGUAAGGGUGUUAAUCCUGAUGAAGCAGUUGCAGUCGGUGCAGCAAUUCAGGGUGGUAUCCUUCGAGGGGAUGUGAAAGAGCUACUUCUACUCGAUGUAACUCCACUUUCUCUUGGAAUUGAAACUCUUGGUGGAGUUUUCACAAGGCUCAUCAACAGAAACACUACUGUUCCAACAAAAAAGUCUCAGGUAUUUUCAACAGCAGCAGAUAAUCAAACUCAGGUAGGAGUAAAAGUGUUUCAGGGUGAGCGUGAAAUGGCGUCAGACAACAAACUUUUAGGCGAGUUUGAACUACAGGGAAUUCCACCAGCCCCAAGGGGGAUCCCACAAGUGGAAGUGACAUUCGAUAUUGAUGCCAAUGGCAUAGUCACAGUAUCUGCUAAAGACAAGACAACUGGCAAAGAACAGCAAAUCACCAUCCGGUCUUCCGGAGGAUUGUCUGAGGCUGAGAUUCAGAAAAUGGUUCAGGAAGCAGAGUUGCAUGCUCAGAAAGAUCAGCAGAGGAAAGCUCUGAUUGAUGUUAGGAACACUGCAGAUUCCACUAUUUAUAGUAUUGAGAAGAGUGUGUCAGAGUAUAAGGAUAAGGUCCCUUGGGAUGUCGUUCAAGAGAUAGAAUCUGCUGUGGCUGGUCUUAAGGAAGCUAUGCAGAAGGAUGAUGCUGAUCUGAUUAAGGCUAAGACUGAUGCAGCUAAUGCAGCAGUUUCUAAGAUUGGACAACAUAUGGCUGGCGGUGGUGGUGGUGGUGACGGGGGUUCUUCUGGCGGCUCUCGAGGUGGCGGGGAUCAGACUCCUGAAGCAGAAUACGAGGAAGUGAAGAAGUGAAACUUAUUAGCUAAUGUGCUGGUUACAGACUUGAAUCCUUGUGUAAAUCAUGGUUAUGUGAUUAGUCUAGGAAUGUUUUGUGUAAGUAUUAUGUUGCUAAGCGUUGCCAUAGGAACUCUGGAAUUAAGAUUUUUGUGGAUGUCGCUACUGUUAACCCAUUAAUUAAUAAGUAAUAACGAGAACCAAAAAAUAACACAAAUAUUUGGGAA